AUGGAGAAGACCUACGCCCUCAAGUCAAAAUUACCCUUAUUCAAACCCGAAACAGUGGAAAGCUAUAAAACGAUGCUUGUAUCCACAGCAUGCGGUACGGAGUAUCAGCUGCGGGUGAUGCGUGCAUGCAGUCUGGUGCGGCUGCGACUAAGUUUAUCGAUUGUGGCCUCUCUUGAAACCAAUGAUAGGGAGAUGGCCUUUGUAACAACCCCGAUGCUCUAG